UGGACAAAGUAGGUGGCGUCAGGAAACUAACGUCAGGAAGCAGUAGGAGUGUUUUGUCCUUAUAUUUUCAUAGUUGUGUCCUUUUUUGUUGGCAAAUGUGGACCAACGCAGAAGAAAUCUAACAGGACCUGAAACUUUUAUGGGACAAAACAGUUCACAGGUGUCCAGUAUGUCUUCACCUGUCCAUGUGAUCGUGGUGGGAGCUGGUUGUCGAGGAGAGAUCUACGGCCAGUUUGCUUUCAUUCAUCCUAAACGCAUGAAGGUUGUAGCUGUUGCUGAUCCGAGAAAGUUUGCCCGCACCAAAAUGCAACAGCAACACAAAAUUGAGGAUAAAAACGUGUCUGGAGACUGGAAAAACAUAGUUGAACGAGAGAAGUUUGCAGACGCAGUGCUAAUUUGCACUCCAGAUCGCAUUCAUAAGGAUCCUGCUGUUGCCUUUGCAAAGAAAGGCUACCACAUUCUUCUGGAAAAACCAAUGGCAACGACAGCAGAGGACUGCAGAGCCAUAGUGGAGGCUUGCACUCAGGCCGGUGUGAUGCUGUCUGUGGGUCACGUCCUCCGAUACGAUCCACUCAUUCAUAAGAUCAAGGAGCUCAUAGAUGCCGGAGUGGUUGGGGACGUGAUCCAUAUACAGCACUUUGAACCAGUUGGGUUUUAUCACUUUGCCCACUCAUUUGUUCGAGGGAGCUGGCGGAAUGAAGCAGAGAGCUCGUUUGCUCUGCUGGCUAAAUCGUGCCAUGACAUUGACCUGAUUCACCACUGGGCUGGAGCCCGCAGGUGCGUAAAAGUCACAUCUUUUGGAUCUGUUAGUCACUUCCGGAAAGAAAGUAAGCCAACAGGUGCUGGAGAUCGCUGCGUCGAUUGUUCAGUAGAAGGAACCUGUCCGUACUCGGCAUGCAAAAUCUACAUGGACAGAGUGAAACGGGGUCACACUGGCUGGCCGGUGUCAGUCAUCUGCCCAAACUCACUCCCUGACAUCGAGUCAGUAACCGAGGCACUGAGGAGUGGACCAUACGGCCGAUGCGUCUAUGAGUGUGACAAUGAUGUUUGCAGCAACCAGGUAGUAAACAUGGAGUUCGAAGGGGGCUUGACGGCUGCAUUCUCUAUGGUGGCUUUCACCGAGGACAUCUGCCAACGAAAAACAACUAUAUAUGGCAGCAAAGGUGAGAUGUCUUAUGACAGCAAGGAAAUAUGCGUGUUUGACUUCCUGACCCAGAGAACCACAAAGCACACGGCGAGCAGCGAAGCGCUCAAACACUACGGCAUGGGUGGGCACGGGGGAGCAGACUACCACCUCAUGAACGCUUUUAUAUCCGCAGUGGCUAACAACGAUCCAUCCAUGAUUCGAUCCGGCCCCGAGGAGACUCUGAUCAGCCACUUACUUGUGUUUGAAGCGGAGCGAUCGAGGGUGGAGGGCAGGGUGGUGUACUGUGGAGACAGCGCCGGACAGUGAAACGGCAGUAGGUCACUGUUCAAGUUCUUUUAAAUAGAACUGUUACAAAUUACUAAAAGAAUUUAAAGUGAAAAGGAUCCAAAUCAUGUGUAACUAGAAUAAUUUCUAUUGAUUGAAAUAGGCUGUACUGUCAUAAAUGGCAUUAUGAUGUUGGUGUUAUGAUUACUAUUUUACUAAUUAGUUUUGCAAUGUUUCUUUUAGAUGUCUGUAUCAGUGUAUUUCUCACUUUGAGGAGCUUUUUGUGGUACUCUAAAAUGAACACACAACUAAUGGAAGCUUUAUGUGACUGAGGAAGUAAUUAUCUCGUUUUGUUAUGAUUUUUUAAUUGCUGUUUUCUGAAAUGAUCAGAUUUCAGGGCAGGGAUGUCUGUGCACUUUACACAAUAAAAUUUCAGAUUUUCCCAGCCUCUGUAA